AUGACGACCGGAAUUCUGAAGACGUCGGGCGACAAGAUCGUGGACAACAAUGGCCAGCAGGUUGUACUGCGAGGCACAGCAAUUGGAGGAUGGAUGAACAUGGAGAACUUCAUCACCGGCUAUCCCGGCCACGAGAGCCAGCACCGGAAAGCUAUGCUCGCCGUGCUGGGUCAGGAGAAGUACGAGUACUUCUUCGACCGGUGGCUCGAGCAUCACUUUACCGAGGCGGACGCGAAGUUCUUCGCAAGCCUGAAACUCAACUGUAUCAGGCUGCCGUUCAACUAUCGGCAUUUCGAGGACGAUAUGAAUCCUCGCGUGCUAAAGGAGAGUGGCUUCAAGCAUCUAGACCGCGUCGUCGAUCUCUGCGCCAAGCAGCAAAUCUACACCAUUCUGGAUAUGCAUACUGUUCCUGGCGGCCAGAACCCGGACUGGCAUAGUGACAACCCCACUGCCUACGCCGCGUUCUGGGACUACAAGGACCACCAAGACCGCACGAUAUGGCUCUGGGAGCAGAUCGCAGCCCGCUACAGGGGCAAUCCCUGGGUCGCUGGAUACAACCCCAUAAACGAACCCUGUGAUCCAGAACAUGUGCGACUGCCGGCAUUUUACAAGCGCAUCGAGAAGGCGAUCAGAGCCGUGGACCCAGAUCACAUCCUGUGGCUGGACGGCAACACUUUCGCCAUGGAGUGGAAAGGGUUUGACGAGAUCUUGCCCAACUGUGUGUACGCGCUGCAUGACUACUCGAUGAUGGGCUUCCCAACCGGCGAACGCUACGAAGGGACCGCCGCCCAGAACGAGAUCCUGGAGAAGUCGUUCCUGCGCAAAUGCGAGUUCAUGCUGCAGCACAAGGUUCCCAUCUGGAACGGAGAGUUUGGCCCGGUGUAUGAACCUGCGUCCACCCCUGAUGCCGAUGCCAUCAAUCAGGCGCGCUACAACCUGUUGGGCCAGCAACUGAAGAUCUACGACAAGUACUCGAUCAGCUGGUCCAUCUGGCUGUACAAGGACGUCGGUGUGCAGGGUAUGCUGCACACGAGCCCCGCCUCCAAGUGGAUGAAGACAAUCCAGCCUUUCCUGGAGAAGAAGAAGAAGCUUCGCCUGGACGCGUGGGGCGUGCACUACAGCGAGGAGAGCGAGAAGGCCGUCAAUCCCUUGGUGGAGUGGAUCGACAGUGUCUGUCCGGAUGCCAAGGAGGUGUACCCGGGACCGUGGAAGACGGAGCGCCACGUGCUGAGAGCGGUGGUGCAGACGUACCUGUCUGACGCGUUCCAGAAGGAGUUUGCCGAGCAAUUUAGGGGCUUCAGCACGGACGAUCUUGAACAGUGUGCGAGGAGUUUCCACUUUGACGAGUGCGUGCAGAGGGAGGGACUCAACAAGAUCCUGAGUGAUUAUGCUAAGGUGCAGAAAUGA